UGCAAGUACGAGGUGCCAAUCAAGGCACACUUACGUACGAUAAUACAUGUGCACAGACUAUCUCAUGUUUAUUCAUAAGGCUAUUCCAGUGUAAAAGUGAAGUAGGUGGUCGCAAAAGCAGCAUUUCAGUUCAACAACGUCAGCGUGAUUCUUGUAUACCUGCAUAUGCGUUCUAACGUUUCAGAGAUGUGCGGUUUUCAAACGGUUUGCAGCGUUGCUGCCGAAAGUGGAGAGUUUGAAGGCAGCUGUAUGCUGUACGUGUGGCCGCCCGCACGUAUGUGGCAAUAGCUAGGGCUUAAAGAAAGGAGAGAGAAUCAGAUGAAUUUCUCGGACCAGUCUGUCCAUGAAUGUCCUAUGAUGGAUCCCAUGGGCUUGGAAGAAUACCUCCCCGACAGGAAUGAAACUGGCUCAAACGACUCAUGGUUUGAUAACAUUCCAAUCGCCAAGUACAAACAGCCAAUGUACAUCAUCAUCAUCUUUGUAGUGCUCUAUGUCAUCGUGUUCUUGCUGUGCAUUGUGGGUAAUCUCGUGGUGUGCUGUAUCAUCGCGAGAACUGCAACACUGCGAGAUGUUACCCACUCCUUCAUCUUGAACCUUGCCGUGAGUGACCUCCUUGUGGGGGUCUUUUGCAUCCCGUUCACGUUGGUGGGCCACAUCUUCACCGAGAACUACCUUGGUGACGUCAUGUGCAAAGUCAGCCCAAUGCUGCAAGGCAUGUCGGUAGCCACGUCUGUGUUCACCCUGACUGCCAUCGCUUUUGACAGAUAUUGUGUGAUUGUCCACCCGACACGUGACCGGCUGACUGUCCGCCAGGCAGUGUACCUGAUCAUCGCCAUCUGGGUUGUUGCCGCCAUCAUCAUGGCGCCACAGGCCAUUGUUCGCCGUGACGAGUCGUUCCAGUUCGGUGAGCUGAACCUGUCCGUGUGUGGAGAGUUCUGGCCAUCCCCGCUGCUGCGUAAGGCGUACAGCGCCUUCCUGUUCGUCAUCUGUUACGCAGCACCUGUUCUCAUCAACACCUUCCUGUACGGCAGAACGGGCUACAAGCUGUGGAUGACCAAGUCAGCUGCUGCACCAAAGGCCUGCAGCAACCAGACUGAGCAACGAAGCCGCAUCAUCAAGAUGAUGGUGAUCAUCGUCGCCGUCUUCGCCAUCACCUGGAUGCCGCUCUACAGCUGUUGGCUAUUGGAGGACUUCGGUCAGCUGACCCACGACCAAUCAGCGAUGCUGCACAGCUACAUCUACCCGAUCGCUCACGUGAUGGCGUUCGCCAACAGCGCGGUGGAUCCGUUCAUCUACGGCCUGUACAGCAGUAACCUGCGCAGCCGCGUUGCAGAGAUCUGCAGCCGCAAGAAGACCAAGGGGAACGUGCUAGCUCGUGACAACAACAAUGAUAAGAAGACCCCGAACAUCGUCUGCAAGCCCCAGUCGUUCACAAUGAACUUCCAAGCGGUAGCAGACAAUAGAAUCAUACCUAACGAAUCCCAGGAAUGAAUGUAAUGUCAUUCUAUCAGAAAAAUGAAAAUGUAUUUUCCAAGCAAAUCACAUAUCUUAUGAAGAAAAGAAUAAACAGUUGAAAUGGGAUUCUAGAUUUAUAAGAUAAUCUUUUUGUGGAAUUUGGUAACUUUCUAUACAUGCAAAAGACUUAAAAACAAAGAAUGAUACCAUACCAUUCCUACCAUAUGCAGUAUCUGCGUAUUGAAAGUACACAAUAACACGUGUGCUUCUGUCCAAUCCAAACAAUGGUAAUUCUAUACGCUUGAAAUUCUGUAAGGCCAUUUCAGAUUUACUCAUAAUGUAUAGAUGGAAAUAAAGCAGGUAAGACGUGGAUGUAUGCUAUUAAUAUAAUGUACGAAUGAAGAUAAGUAACACGAUUAUUAUAUUUUAUACACUUACUUUGUUCCCACUUUCAAAAGGUUAUCACAGUCAGACGAGUUAUUUCUGUCUAUAUUUUCCGGCUUCCAGCCGCCACGGUGAUCUCAAAGAAUUAUUCCCGAGGACAUGUUUAUGCCUCGGAUACCAAGGAGCUAUAAAUAUAUGUGAAACACAUUAAUUACCAGGCGACAGAUCCUGUUGCUGGAGUAAUGGCCAUGCCAUUGGCAUCAAAUCAGAUACAAUAAAGACGACGAAGCCGUCUGCUAUAUAGUCUCGCGCCUAAGGCACUCGAUGGUCCCACACGUACUAAGAAGACCCCCCCCCCCCCCUCCAGGAAAAUCCUGGCUACGGGCAGAUGUACAUAGUGGUUAAAUAGUUACAAGGCCAACCAAGGGCCUUCCUGUAGACCAUAUGGCUGUGGAUUGUGUAUUCAAAUGGGAUUUGAAUGUAUCCUUUGACUUUCGUGUUCAAAGUUAAGUAUUUGGUUCGUUUGGGGUAUAAUGACAUUAUCCUUUGGGACGGUCUACGCGGUAUCUUUUUGUUAAGAUGGCCGGCCGGUUCUUCAUCAAAUGAGACCAGAAUGUUGGAAUGUCUUAGAAUGCGGUCGUACUGCAGUUAGAAUAAUUAGAAUAUACUUUGAAUGACGUUCGAUAUUCAUGCACUUCAAAUGUACCUUGAAAGUUUUGAGCAUGACAAAAACAUUCGGGACGGCCACAAGAAUAAUAGACCAAAAUUUCUACCUUAAAGGCACCAUCCAAGGAACUUGUUGUUAAUUGUUUAUUUGCACAUAAACGAAACAAGUACACACAUGUAGUUUGAUUACAACAGAGAAAACGUCCGACGUUUUCCAUGACCCCAGAAAAAUGCGAUUAUACGUCUGGUCAUGUCAAUUACUAUUGAUUGCAACAUACAAAAAUACAGUAAAUCAAGCAAUGGUAAAAAGGAAAUCGUCACAGACAUACAAGGAACUAAGGAAAGCCAAUGGAUUAACUAAGGCAAUGAUACAAUCAAAUGGCAUUCCAAACUUAAUACAACUUACAGAAAACCAAAUAUGUAAGUUUAAAGCUGAUGAGUUAUCAUUUAUAACUAUAAAGUAGAAACAAUGAAUACAAAAUAUUUCGUGAAUACUUUCAUAAGGUUGACAAUCUAGAUAAAAAAUGGUAAACAAGCAAGUUGUCUUAUCAUAGACAUCCUCUUUCAGUAUUUUUUCCCGAAAGUUGGAAGGAAUGGAUAGUUUAUUCAUAUUCGGAAAUAUAGAAAACGGUAUUGUGAAUUGUUUUAGAUUAGAUUAUAUUUUGUAAUGACUGGCGCUGAUAUAAUUUGUUGUCUGGUAGUAUGACUGUGGAUAUCUGAUUUGAAUUCAAGUACUUCAUUGUGUUGCAGUGGUACAUGUAAAUGAUAGAAACUGUGGUUUACUUUGUAGACGAAACUGGCCGUUUGUGCUUUAUAUAUGUCAUAUAUCGUCAAGACGUUCAAAUCGUGAAAUUGAGCCGCUGACGCAAUUGUUUAAUGGACGUAUUUCAAGUAUUAGCCCAGAUGAUGUAUUAUGUAUAAUUAGGGGAAUGUCAAACUGAAGUACAGGCUGAUGAAUAUUCUUCGAGAAAAGCAACUUUUCUUAUGAUAUCUAUAUUCUUGAUGGAAAUGAUUUUGCAAAUCAAAUCCAAUUUGAUUAAUAUUUAUUUUCCACGUAUAUUCUCCAUCUAUCAUGGCUUCUAGAGAGUCCAUUACUUACCUGUUCGAGAGCUUUGUCAUCUAUGUAUAUAUCUUAUCCAUUUAAUUACUAUGAUCUCCCUGUAAAGAUUCAGAACUUGGUCAUAUAUUGAAGGACAGCGUAUUUGCAAUGAACUACUGUUUUAGCUUGCAAAGUUCGUUAUUCAACGUGUUAUAGCUGUUAUUAUUGUAUGAAAAAUGUCAUGGCAUAUGAAUAUAUUAGUAUCUAGAUCUUGAGGAAAUUAUAAUGUAAAUCUUUUUUCUGAUACCAAGGUGACGUCAUUCACAUAAAUCCAAGAGAGAGACCCUAGUAUGGAUCCUUGUGGGACUUCACAUGUUACAAUUUACUGGGAUAAAUAAAAGUAUCACUAGAAAAGUUUUGCUUUCAAUAUGACAGAUAAUAUUUAGCCAUUGCAAGGCAGAAUCUUUAAACCAUAGGACUUUAGUUUAUCGAAUAGUACAUUGUAUGUGGUCUAUAGCGUCAAAAUCUAUACUAUUUGUUAUGUAUCAGCUAAGAAUUUGUCAUACGAUAUGAUACGUUUAUGACAUUGAGGUCAUUGUUGAGACAGUUGUGGAUGUGCCGUGCAUAUACCUGUAUCAUGCAUAGGUCUUGUGACGGAAAGUAAGUUUGCGGUAGGACUGCUUUUCGGUGGUCAGUCCAGUCAUGAACUUGAGCUGUGUUAUGCCUUUGCAGUUAUUAAAUCGUGUGGUACGCUUACGUUACGUUUAGCCUCUUUUAUUUUUGAGCCUUCCCCAAGAAGGUUAUGUUCUCGGUGCCGUUUGUCUGUGUGUUUGUUCGUUUGUAGACAGCAUAACUGAAAAAGCUGUGGAUUGAUCCUUGUGAUAUUUUGUUGGUGGGCAUAAUAUGAAUAUCCUUGUGCACAUCUCUGCCAUGCAUGCCGAAUAUUAUGAAAGUCCGUCUAUCUUUCAUUCAAUUAUCCUCUAUGAAAGAUAUCUAAAACGUCCCUGCAGUUCCAUAGCUAGGGACCCGAGACUACACUACUUCAGAAUCUACUAACUUGUAUUUUACAUCAAGACCAGUCUUCCACCGAGAAAGCAUGCCCUGGACCGAAGAGACGAAAAACGAAAGUUUUGAUGCUACCAACAGCAAGGUCGGCCACCAUAUUCCAAAUAUCGACCUUGACCGUUAGGUCCACCUCACCUAAGCACAUACAAAAAAUAUCCUCGCAAUCGCCCUCAACGUUCGAGAUAUUGCUC